AGUCAGUUGUCUUUUCAGUGCAAGGAAGCAAAACAAAGCCAAAAAGACUGCCUUAGUGCCUUGCCAUGGAGUGCCAACAUUAAGAGCGGGAAAAAGAGAGAGCAGUGUUCACUGGGAACAGCACAGAAGUCUGGGAAAUGUAGUUUUGGAAGGGAGGAGCUCUGUGCCAGAGAAUUCAAAAGACCCUGCCCUAAACUACAGUUCCCAGAAUGCAUCAACAUUAGAAAAUACCAAUCAGGGAAGCAGAGAGAAAGAGUUGUCCCUUCCAAAAAACAGCAGCCAGCAAAAGGUCCAAGGAAUGGUUGAAUCUGCAAAGAGGAGAACUGACGUGUACUUCUAACCUCUCAUCCAUAAAAUAUGAGAUGGCAUCAUGUGAUUCAUUCAGCAAGAUAUCGUUCUACCUCUUUGACAGAGAAAAGGAGCAUCUUAUGAGGAUACCUAUGAGGCUACCUGACAACCUCCAAGGCCCCUCACCAAAACAUCAGAGCUGCCUAAUUUGACAGGCAUGCUGUUUUAAAAAGAAGUCGACACAUCUUUCAAUGACAUUGCUAAAGAACAUGAGUUUAGAGUUUUGUGCCUGAGAUCCUUUGCACCACUGUUGGGUAAAUGAGAAGUGGCUGUGUGAUUAUGCUGACAUCCCAGUAUGCAUUUGGUAGACCUGUGGUUAACUCGCUCCCUCUCCAUGUGUCUGCUCUUACAAAGCUUUGUCCUCAUGAUACUGUGCUUUCAUUCUGCCAGUAUGUGCCCCAAAGGUUGCCUUUGUUCCCAUUCUGGAGGCUUAAACGUCAGCUGCAGCAAUGCAAACCUCAAGGAAAUACCCAGAGAUCUUCCUCCGGAGACAGUCUUACUUUAUUUGGACUCCAAUCAGAUCACAUCCAUCCCCAAUGAAAUUUUCAAGGAUUUGCACCAACUGAAAGUCCUCAACUUGUCCAAAAACAUUAUUGAGUUCAUCGACGAACACUCCUUCAAAGGGGUGGCAGAAACCUUACAGAUGCUGGACUUGUCUGACAACCGGAUCAAAAGCGUGCACAAAAAUGCUUUUAACAACCUCAAGGCUAGGGCUAGAAUUGCAAACAAUCCUUGGCACUGUGACUGCACUCUGCAGCAGGUCUUGAGGAGCAUGGCCUCCAACCAUGAAACAGCAAACAGUGUCAUCUGUAAGACUUCAGAUUUAGACGAACAUGCCGGGAGGCCAUUCCUUAAUGCUGCCGACGCUGACCUCUGUAACCUUCCUAAAAAGACUACUGAUUAUGCCAUGCUUGUCACCAUGUUUGGCUGGUUCACCAUGGUGAUCUCUUAUGUAGUUUACUACGUGCGGCAAAAUCAAGAGGAUGCACGCAGGCACCUUGAGUACUUGAAAUCCCUGCCAAGCAGGCAAAAGAAACCAGAGGAAGCAGAUGAUAUUAGCACUGUCGUAUAGUGCCCAGAACCACAGGCAUCACUGGAGAUGGAGGUUAGAUGCAAAGGACACAGAGGCCAGAUGUUUACUUCUAACAUUCGUUGUAAACCUGUAAGACUUUUUCAAAUUAAACUGAAUUCUACCACUGUCAAAAUUUCUAACAAAAACAAGUUUUCUGUUCUGGGUGAUACAGUACACCUUUAUUGUUUCUCUGGUGAUAUUCUAAACCAAGUAAACUAAUAUGUAAACAUUAGUUUAGACCCAUUCCACUCUUUAAUAAUGAAAUUUAUUUUUUUAAUUUAAAACCAAAUAAAAGCUUAACUUUGAACCAUGUAAA